GCCCUGCUGCCCUUCCCCUCGCUCUCAAUCUCUUUUACUUUCCACUGUUGUUGACACGCGCGACGCCCGGCUCCGGAGUGGCACCGAAUUAAACACCCAAAGAAAGCCCCCCGCGGAAGAGACUGUGGAUGGUUCGCUUCUCUGGGAAGGGGAGGAAGGAAAACCAGGGAGUUGAAGCCAAGUGGAGUGGACCAUGCGUGGCUGAAGGUACCUCUCACCUAUAAUGCCUGGAGCUCUACAGGAGAAGACCAUCACAAGGACCCUGCUCAGAAGUGUUGAGGACUCUAACUUUGAACCAUUGUGUCUGGACCUGAUUGGGAAGUGCAUGGCCCUUCAGGCCUUCUUGGAGCAGAGGGACAUCUGAGUGAUCUCCCACUACACCAUCCAAUCCUGGAGGUCCUUGGAUUCUCUGUGGACCAAGACUCAUUUUGUACUUUGAGCAGAGAGACCUCAAAGUGACCUAUCACCAUACCAUCCAAUCCUGGAAGUCCUUCUCCUUGGAUUGACUCUGUAGAUCAGGGCUCAUAUUUCAGCAGAGAGACAUCAAAGUGAUCUAUCACCAUACCAUCCAGUCCUGGAGGUCCUUCUCCUUGGAUUCUCUGUAGACCAAGACUCAUUUUAUACUUCCUUUUUGAGCAGAGAGACAUCAAAGUGACCUAUCACCAUACCAUCCAGUCCUGGAGGUCCUUCUCCUUGGAUUGACUCUGUAGAUCAGGGUUCAUCUUGUACUUCUUCUCUGAGCAUAGACAUCUGAGUGGUAUCCCACCACACUGUCUAGUCCUGGAGGUCAUUUUCCUUGGGUUGGCUUUGAACAUCAGGACUCAUCUUUGAGUGAUCUGAGUGAUCUACCACCACAACAUCCAGUCCUGGAGGUGGUCCUCCUUGGAUUCUCUGUUAGACCAAGACUCAUUUUAUACUUCUUCUUUGAGCAUAGACAUCUGAGUGAUCUCCCACCACACUGUCCAGUCCUGGAGGUCCUUCUCCUUGGGUUGGCUCUGUAGACCAGCACCCUUUUGAGACCUCCUGAGAUGUACCAGAGUCUGGCCAUGGCAGCCAACCACGGCCCACCAUCCUACGAAGGGGCCAGUGGUUUCAUGCACAGUGCGGCAGCGGCCUCUCCGGUCUACAUCCCCACCACCAGAGUCACCUCCAUGAUCUCCAGCUUGCCUUACCUCCAAGGGAGCGCUUCUUCCCAGCAGGGCAGCCCAGUCUCCAGCCACUCCAUUUGGACUCCGCAACCGGGGGCCGAGAGCGUGGCCUACAACCCGGGGUCCUCCCACCCGUCGGUGUCACCCCGCUUCUCCUUUGCCACCAGCAGCCCCAUUGCAGCCACCACCUCCAGAGAGGUGGCCGCCUACAGCAGCUCGCUCAGCAUCACCGCCAACAGUAGGGAACAGUAUGCUCGAAAUUUCGGGGGGUCUUACUCCAGCCACUACCCGGCCACCUACAUGAGCCCAGAGUUGGGCUCCACCUGGACUGCGUCUCACUUUGAGAACCCCAUGCUGCACAACCUGCCCAAUCGGGGGAGCCCCGGAGCGGCCAGACACGGCAACCUAGUGCCUACAGAGUAUUUUGACGAUUACAGCGAAGGCCGGGAAUGCGUCAACUGUGGAGCCAUGUCCACCCCACUGUGGCGGAGAGACGGCACUGGCCACUACCUGUGCAACGCCUGCGGACUCUACCACAAGAUGAACGGUAUCAACCGGCCGCUGAUCAAGCCCCAGAGGAGGCUGUCGGCCUCCCGUCGGAUUGGGCUCAUGUGCGCCAACUGCCAGACAACUACGACCACCUUGUGGCGCAGGAACGCGGAAGGCGAGCCGGUCUGUAAUGCCUGCGGUUUAUACAUGAAGCUCCAUGGGGUCCCUAGGCCUUUAGCGAUGAGAAAAGAAGGGAUCCAAACCAGGAAACGUAAACCCAAGAAUGUCAACAAGUCUAAGACAAGUGCAGGAUCAUCCAGUAAUGCCGAAAACCUUACUCCAGCCAACAGCUCAGCAGCCUGCACCAGUACCACAACCACGACUGCCACCGAAGAAAUGCGACCCAUCAAGACGGAACCGGGGAUUUCAUCUCAUUAUGGGCACCUCAGCCCUAUUCCCCAGGCAUUCUCACUCUCUACAAUGUCCGGACACAGCUCUGCUCUUCACUCCGCCAUGUCGUCCCUCAAGCUUUCCCCACAAGCUUACCAGCCGGUCGUCAGCCAGGCCAGUGCCAAGCAAGACUCAUGGAACGGCCUGGUUCUAGAUGAAAACCACGGUAACAUCAUCACAGCAUAACCGCAUUCUGCCCUCCAUGGGGCUCAUGACGUAGAGACAAGCUACAAGGACAGAACCACACCAUGUUGCUUUUCUCCUUGUAAAAAAAAUGUCUCUGCCCAUCAUCUUGAAAGGUAUCCUGGUCUUAGUAGAAGAACCAUUCCAACCCAUGACCUUCAGAGAUGGCUUUCUUUUGCAGGCCAAAGUGUCCAUCUUUGGUUGGCCACCAAACCUCAGAACAACUGAAAGCAAUGGACAUGUUUUGGCUAACUGUGAAAUCAGAACUACCUUCAGUACAAUGGAGAGAUACUACUAAUUCAUUCUGCUCCUUUUCCUGACAUUCAUUGUUUGUUCAAGAUUUCUGCAUCAGUUGGCACGUUUUGGACAACAAUCUCCUUGGACUGGUCUAACUUGGAAGCGGCUCACUCCAAGAUCAGCUCCUUUUUAAAAACAUUCAGUGUGAUUUUUGUCAUAAAAAUCACACAGAAAUGCAUGAAAGGACAUGAACAUUUCUCACUCCAUUCCCAAAAACACCCUACUACAUCUUCCAGACAACUCCUUUUCCUUUUGCAAUCCUUCUCAAAAGGAUGACCAAAAGUGAUGCAAUGUCACUCUUGGUCCUACCAUUUUGAGAUGCCCUGCAGAGAGAAACAAGGAUAUGUGGGUUUAGUCUGAGGAUUUGCCCGUCCUAAUGCAGAAUAUAAGAUAAGGAGGUUCUGAUGUGUAAGAGCAAGCUGGAGAACCCUGAUAUGAAGUGAAAUGUGCAUGAAGGCAUCAUUCGCUGAUCUAAAACUCCUCCUCUCGCUUUGCAAAGUAUGAUGGGCACAAAGUAAGGCUUUUUAGCCAGGGAGCCUUGAGUCACCACAGGUUGCAAAAACACAAACCAUUUGAGCAGCCCAUAACUUCAUACCAUACAUAAUAGCAGUAGGAUGCCACUUACCACAAUGAAUCUUGGGGCCUGAAAUUUAUGGAUGGAGGCAUUACAAUUCUCAAGACAGAGAGCUCUAGGAUCUCACUAAACUAUAAAUCCCAGCAUCCCAUAAGAAGCUACUAUGUGCAGUUGCCAGGGUAGGUUUUCCCCACUUUUGUAAGGAAGAUGGGAUAUAAACAAAGGGUUAAAUCAGAGUUGUCAAACUUGUGGCCCUCCAGAUGUUUCAGACUAACUCCCAGAAGCCCUAGCCUGCUUGUCCAAUGGCCAAGAAUCCUGGAAGCUGAAGUCCAAAGCAUCUGGAAGGCCACAAAGCUGACACCACUGGGUUAGAUGAAUGGAAUUGUAAGGCUAAAAUUGUAUAGGGUGAGUGGGCACAAGCACCAUGAAAUUGGGCUUUGUGAACUGUGCAUCUCCAGAUGUGGUCGGACUCUUAACUCCCAACUGCUUUGGCCAGAAUAGCCAGUGUGUUGGAGAUGUUGAGAGUUGCAAACCCAUGCCCUCUGAAUGACAUCUCCUUGUGGUGAAAGUAAAAUAGAGAAAACGGGACAGUCAGCCUUCUACAUUCACUGGGGUUAGUGGUGCAGGACUCUCACGAAAUUGGAAAAACUGCAAAUAUAAAACACUUUUUAAAACCCGAGAACACACAUCAUUAGGAAUCUCAAGGUCCUCCAGCACAACUUCUGCCAGAAACUAGAAUCAGAUUGAAGGACCUAAAAAUCCUUAUUGGUGCUUUCUCUAGAGGACCUAGAGAUCCCUCAAGAGAAGAUUUUAAUCACAUCCUUGAAAAAUCAAAUCUGGAAAAAGUUGAACCCAUAUAAGCGGAGAGCUAAUUGUAGUUGCGUAUGAUCCAACAAUGUCUCAACCUGCCUUCUUAGAGUGUAUGUGUGAUGUUUGCCUGCCCAUUUGCCAAUGCUGGAGGCAAAAGAUGGAUAUUGGCAACAAAUCCACUUUCAAUGGACGAUGCAUCCAGACUGGCUGCCCACCUGGAUUCUUUUGUUGCUUCUUCUGAUGGAAACAUUUCUGGAAAACUCAACAGACUUGCUUUCCUUAGUGUUCACCCUUGGCUUCCCCUUUUGCAAAUCAAGGACCGGGUUUUCUUAAUAAGCUACAAUAAAGCCUCAUAAUAAAUGGAAAACUGAGGACUUUUAAAAAGAGAAAAGGUCUGCAAACCUUUGGACACUGGUUUCCAGCUCCAGGCAUAAUUGUGAUUGCAACUUGCGGGUUCCACAAAUGCCUUGAGGAUCCUAUGGAUCUAGAGAUCUGGCAGCUCCCGGCAGCGUGUGCCAAAAUGUUAAAUUCACUGCAUUUCUGUUACUUUGAUUAUUUCCCCCCGCCUUUCUGUUCCUAAUGAUGAAUAAAAUUUUCCUUAUUUUUGAA